AUGGGAAACUGCAGCGCGGUGAACGGCCCGCAGGGACGAAGACCCGCGCGGCUUGCUACCAUCUUGCCGGAUCAUUUGGGCGUUUUGCUUGACGACCUCUGCCGGGGCGAGGACCAUACACGAGGCCAGUUCGGCGGUAGCCGAGGCGGACGCGUGGACGAGGGAUUGAUGCAGCGGGAGGGCGCCGAGGACCGUCUUUGCCCUUUCGUACGUGGAGAAGAACAGCCCGGCUGCCAAAGCAAGUCAGCACGUGCAAAAAGCGAGGACGAGGGCGAGGGCGAGGGCGAUGCAGUACCCGCUGGGAGUGUUGCCAGGACCACGCUCCCUAUGCCUUGGUACAGCCCCUUGGGAGCAAGUGCUUUCCGGCCAGAGGCCCCAUAUGCCGAGAGGUAG